AUGGGACCAGUAAACGUUGUCAUUUCCACCGUUGGGAAAUGCCUCGAUGCAGUUUGCUUAAUGCUGGACGUCAAUUUCCUCCUCGUCCACACGGUAAUCCGCUCUGUCCUGGCUGUGUACCACUUUAUAAUCAACCUACCCGCGCUCUUGGUUUACUCCCUUUUGGAGCUGGGCAACUUAGUGCUGUUCUGCUUGCUUUCCACUGUGGAAACGACGUCCCACAUUGCACAUGGCACCGCGGCAGUGCUGGGGAGCAUCAUGCUGUCUCUAGAGGGGCUUCUGGAGAGCUUGAAGAUGGUGGGUUACCUGUUCACGCACGUGCUGCUCCGGGGCAAGGAGCAGCUGUGUCGAGGGUUGCUCUUGCUGCUGGAGGCGUGUGGCAUCAUGCUCAGCCUCCUGGUGUACCUGGUUAACACUGUGGUCAACUACGCCCUCAUCGCCGCCCUCAACCUCUACUCGGCUGUGGUCAGCGUGUGGCAGACCGUGUCAAGCCCGCUGCAAAUGGCGUUAGAGCUCACGCUGACCGGCGUCACCUUCCUGUACAGCUGCCUGAUGGGCACGUCGGCCUUCCUCUGGUCCCCUUGUAAGAUGGUGUUGGACUUCCUGGCUUCGCUGGUGCACAUCUUCAUCAGUAUCUUUAUACUGAACAGGUACGGCUUGGCGCUUACAGUCGGCAUCGCGCUGACGACCACCGCCUACCUUAAUCCGGGAGUCACUCGACAUUCGUCACGGCGACUCGCGGCUUAUGUUAACUCCUUCCCGGCCGCACGGAGACUUUUCACGAUGCUUCAUUUAACCCCGGAUUUCAUUCACGCCGGCAUGCAUCACUUGCACCGAUUGUCGCUUCACCUUUACCGUCUGGAGAGAAGAAUCUGGCGACGCCUGUCUCGCCAUUGCAGCGCCUUGAGCCUGGCGCUGAGGACACAGCUCCAAAGGGAGAAUAGAGCAGACGGUGAGGAAAACAGGCGAGACCCACCUGACGGGAGAGCAGGCGACCAGCAACCGAUGACGUCCAGCACGGCCAGACCUCUCAAGGCGGACAAGCUGCGUCCGCCUGUGGCCGAGAACCUUCUGACGUUGUUGAAUGAGCAGGAGCAGCGAAAGAUGUGCGUCAUCUGUCAUGACUGCGCCAAAACGGUGGUGUUACUGCCUUGCAGGCACCUGUGCUUGUGCCGAGGCUGCACUGACAUUCUGCUGCAUCAACCGUUUUACCAGCAGAAUUGCCCGUUGUGUCGCCGCAUAAUAUUCGACACCAUUGAAGUGUACCUCUGA